AUGUCGGGUUCUACCUUUCACCUCGAGCUCCCCUCGCGGGACCUGUUCAAGUUUCCCCCGGACUGGGCCCCGCCCGCGCUUGCGCCGCCGCAGGCUACCGGCACUCUCAGAGCUCCGUUCAGCAUCAGCGCCGAGACGUUCAAUGCCCUGCUAUCACCCAAGGUUCCCGCGACCAUUGCGACUGUCUACGCCAUCACCGUCACCCUGCUCAACCGCUACAACAAGAGCCGCGGCAACAAGCCGUGGGCCAUCAGCAAGACCCGCAUCUUCUACGCCUUCGUCAUUCUCCACAAUGUCUUCCUGGCUGUGUACUCGGCCAUCACCAACGUUGCCAUGGCAAGGGCUCUGUACCGUCUGACUCCGGGCCUGGAUGCUGGCCUGGUCGAGAAUGUGGACGCAUACUGCAAGAUCCACGGUCCCCGCGGUCUCGGAAACGCUGCUACCUUCAACAACACCAACGACGCCUGGGAGGUGAAGAACACUCAGAUCUUGCUGGGCGCAAACGGCGAGCCGGACCCUACCGACGUGGGCAGGAUGUGGAACGAGGGUCUUGCAUUCUGGGGCUGGUGGUUCUACUUGUCCAAGUUCUAUGAAGUGCUUGACACGGCCAUCAUUCUAGCCAAGGGCAAGCGCAGCUCCACUCUGCAGACCUAUCACCACGCGGGUGCCAUGCUCUGCAUGUGGGCUGGUAUCCGCUUCAUGUCGCCUCCGAUAUGGAUGUUCGUCUUUAUUAACUCGGGUAUUCAUGCGCUUAUGUAUCACGGCCAGUACACAUAUUACACCAUCUCUGCCCUCGGUGUUCGCGUCCCCCAGCCUAUCAAGCGUACGCUUACGACCAUGCAAAUUGCCCAAUUCGUCAUUGGCGCAAACUUCGCGGCUAUCCACUUGUUCGUUUCGUACACCGUUCCGGUCUCGACCCCCUACACUCUCGUUCAUACUAUGACUUCCGCCGCCGCCGAGGCUGCUUCUGCAGUGUCAUCCUCUGCCACCUCCGUCGCCGCCGCUGCUAGCACUACCGGCCUUGGUGCUGUGAUCAAGAAGAUGAUCCUCCGCGCGGUCGGUGAGGAGGGUUUGGCUGAGAACGUGCGCGAUGACUCUGGAAACAUUUUUGGCCCGGAAGCUGUCAAAGCCGCCGAGACCCGCGAGGAGAUCAGGUGGAGGGACGAGUACGUCCAGGUUCCCUGUAUUGACACGACUGGCCAGUCCUUUGCGAUCUGGCUGAACGUCAUCUAUCUCAUGCCUUUGACCGCCCUCUUCGUCCGCUUCUUCGUUCGUUCCUACAUCAGGCGCACUAGCCAGACCUCCAAGGCCAAUGCCACCUCCAAAGCCGCCAAGGACGCAACCCACGGCAUCGAGCGCGAGAUGCACUCUACGAACGGCUCUACGAACGGCUCUGUGAACGGCUCCACGAACGGCUCUGCAAAUGGAAAGCCUCAGCAGAACGGCUCGGCCAAACACGAAAAUGGCGGUCUCAGCACCACUGACCCCAACAAGACCGAAAAGAGCUACGCCGACAUGAUGAAGCACUAA